UAAAUUUUAGGAAUCACACGAGCAUCCAAGUCCGCCGCUGUAAGCGCGCGUGAAGAGAUGCCUCGACGUUUCAGUUUAUUCGACGUUCGCUUGUGAAAUCUGACAUGGAUUCAAAAGCCAAUUCGGAAGUGUUGUCUGUAUUCCAAGCGGAGUAUUGCCGGCCUAGUGGUAUUGCAGUAGAGGAUUUCUUAAAGCAUCUCCAAAUACCUCCACUGAAUACGGUCCUUCGUGCCGACCGAAUUCCUUGCGACAGACAGGCAGAAACUAUUCGAGAUGGGCUGUUCCAUGAAAAUCGGGACCGUAUGCUGGCUGACUGUUUGUCGGUGACACGCAUUCGAGAACUCGGCGACGUAUGGGUUAUCAAAAAUGUUUGUAAUAUGCCCGGUCAGCCCGGAAGCCCUUGUGGCUGUUUGCUAGCGAAUUCUGAUGUUAAUCGCAACCAGACCGAUGUGCCACCGGAAGUGGUGGUGGAUGCUGCGGCCGGUGAAUCGUGUUUACGGGGAGCGCAUAUUUAUGCGCAGGGGAUCAUGGGAUGCCCAGCGGAACUCAGAAAGGGUGCUCGAGUCCGCAUAGUAAGUGCAUGUGGCAGCUCUUUGCAGUUGACGAUUUUGUAUUGGCGGCCGGAAAUGCCGGAUAGAUGUCAGAGUAGUGUUAUCAGCGUUGAUCCAUAUUUGUUAUACUUCUUUUUUCUGACGUUAAUUAAACUGGAUUUCAUUAUUGCGCAGCGUUCUUUUCGAGCAAAUUCAUUCCCGAGCGGUAUCGGCAUAUAUGUGAAUCGCCCCCUUUAUCCUUUGCUCAGCCUUAACGAAUUCCUUCGCGCCAACAGACGCUUCUCCGCUCAGAACUUGCCGUCCUGUGUGGCUGUCCAAGUAUUAAACCCUCAGCCAGAAGAAGUUGUUCUGGAUUGUUGUGCUGCGCCAGGCGGUAAAACGCUGCACAUUGCCAAUCUGAUGCACUAUCGUGGUCGUCUGGUGGCCACGGAUAAAUCACGGCAAAGAGCGGAAGAACUAAAGAAACUUUGCUGUGAUCUGGACGGUUUUGUAGAAGUAUAUCCGGCUGAUGCAACCAGUAUGCUUGCCGACUCAUUCCGAAAUGACGCAACCGCAUCUGGACCGCCGCCGUACCCUGCUGAAAUGUUCGAUCGAAUACUAGUGGACGCGCCGUGCAGUGGCAGCGGGUUACGCCCGCGAUUAUCUCUCAAAUCCUUGCAUUUGAAACAAAUCUGCUCGUGUCCGAGAAAUCAGAAAGCCAUAUUAAAGGGCACGAUUCCGUUGUUGAAGCGCGGUGGUACUCUUGUUUAUUCGACAUGUUCUGUAUUACAAAGAGAGAACGAGGAUGUUGUCAGUUGGACGUUGGAGGAAUUUCCUAACCUUAAACUCACCGGCCAGACUCCACAUCUGGGGAAAUGUGGUUUUUUGGUAGAUGGACUUAGUAUUGAACAGAGUCGGCUGCUUCAGAGAUUUUCUGUUGUACCAGAAGAGAAUGGUUUGGAUACGAUCGGGUUUUUUAUAGCCAAGUUUACUAAAUUAUGAUGGUAGAUGUUUUAGCUCUGGAUGCCAAACGUCAAAACACCGUCUUUCGGUCGUUUCUUCGCUUCGCAGUUUGGACUAUAAAUCGGUACCAUGA